UUCCUCUCAGCCACCGUUCAUUUCUUCUUCUCACGAAUCCUCGAGACAAGCAAUCUUCCUUGGCUUCCUAAAGGCCCGUUGUAGAGGUUUAUAGCCUAACAAAUCUGCAAAUAGUCCGGGGAAAAAUAAACGUUUUUUUAUGGCAUCUAGAGUUUCGCUGAAGACUAAAGGCAAAGGCAAAGGGGGGAAGGUGUCUAAGGGGUCGGAUGAGAAAUCAGCUGCACAGCGCUUGAAAGAGUGGAGCACAUGGGCUAUGAAGAAAGCCAAAGUGGUAACACACUAUGGCUUCAUUCCACUGGUCAUCAUCAUCGGCAUGAACUCUGAACCCAAACCCCAUCUUUAUCAAUUGCUAAGCCCUGUCUGAUUAAGUUGUUGCCCAUCUGUCGAAUCUACAUGGUAUCAUGUUAGGGGCUUGUCUUUUACAUGAUGUUGGCUGUUUUAUCCUAUAUGCAUUUGAAUAAUCAUGAGCGGUGUGCAUUU